CUCGUUUUCUUUCCAAUCCCGAAUACCCUCGAGUGAUCUGGCUUAUGCCCCAUCUUUGGCCCAAUCUUUUUACAUUUCCCACUUGGUAGUCUGUCCAACUUCUGAGACGCGAUCCCGUUCGGUUCCAACGAAAUCCGACUUUAAAUCUCGGAUACCCGCCUUGACUGAACGACACAAUAUUCUACUUUCACCUGAAUUACACAUUCGUAUACAUCGACGUCCUUUGAUAAACGGAUAUCUCAUAUCUCGCCAUGGCCCCCCUUAAGCCUCAUUGGACUCAGCCGUCCCACCCGGACGUCCAGGAAGUCAUCAAGGCCAGCGACACCGAAUUCUUGACCAAGAGUGUUUCCAAGGUCACUCUACCCCCCUUCGCCGUCUUCGCCAAGAUGUCUUUCCCUCCUUGCAGCUUUGUCGAGGAACCGACCUAUGCUACAGUUCAGUGUGGUCGAGAUAAGCACUUCAACCUCAACAGCGACCUGCUGUAUAUCAAUCACUCGUGUGAUCCUUCUCUGAUCUUCGACACGGGUAAUUUCAACGUCCUAGUGGGACCCAAGGGACUCAAGCCCGGUGAUGAGCUAACCUUCUUCUACCCCUCUACGGAGUGGUCCAUGGCCCAGCCUUUCGACUGCUUCUGCGGCGCCCCUUCCUGCCGCGGCACCAUCAGCGGCGCGAGGGACAUGACCAAGGCCCAGCUCGAGGGUGUCUGGCUGAACGGCCACGUCCUGGAACUGCUCGCAGAGCGCGACGCCGCGCCCAUCUCUGCCCCGCCCACCACCUGCGAAGAUGCGACCGCUCAGGCGCUGAGACAUGCGCUCGAGCACGCAGAAAAGGCCGCCGAGGCCGCCCUCUCCGCUCUACGUUCCUACACCGAGACGCUGCAGAUCGGAAGUUCGGCUGUCGCGGCGAAGGUCAACGGUACGACUUAUACCAACGACAGCAACGGAAUUAAUGGGAAAGCAAAGCUCAACCUCGCCGUUAACGGAACCGGCGAGUUUGGGGCGACCGCAGCGAGGCGUGGGCCGACGUCACGAGAAUUGAGCGGCGAGAUGGGCGGAGAUACCAAGUCCGAUGUCUCGUCUGUUGUCUAA